ACCCUUCACGGCAUCUUCUAAUGGCUAGGGGAGCAUUACUACGGGCGCAUCUUUCCCCUUUGAUUGCUGAGAUAAGGCGAACGGGGUUCCUGGGUUCAACCAUUGCUCCAUUUUUCUCUCUAAAGUGUUAAGUUCAUAAAGGAUAAAAGCCAACUGAGAGAGUGAUUGGGUCUUGCCACCCCCCCAUGGCAGAUCAAAGCGCCGACAUCUACCUACAAAUGCCAGUGCUUACACCUGAUGAUACCGGUAGUGGAUAUCCUGCCAAGAUAACUGACGUGGUUGUCGAGACAACUGAUGUGGAAAAGGCUCAGAUUGAUGAGAGCGACCUCCACCCAUCUCAGAAAGGCAAAUACAAGGACCACCCUGAAGCAUUGGAGCUACCCAAGUCCCAUCCGUGGAGUAAAACUUUUCCGUUGGGCCUAGCCUUCAUUGCUAUCGCUGUCGGAUCGGAAGUUCUAUUAAACCACACCCACAAUGGAAUAGGAUUUGGGGUGGAUCUCAGCCGCACCGGACUCUCUCGCGUUAAACAGUUCUGGAAGUCAUUUGGGCCGUCUAUUCUUUUCGGUCCAUUAUUCUACUGGUUCACAGGGCCCUAUGUUAUCGCGCUGCUCAAACCCUUCGAAACGAACAGGAUGCACCAUUGGGCGGUCUUCAUACUCUCCCGCAUCGCGAUCAGCGGUAGCAUUUUCCAUGCCUUGGCUGGAGCAUAUUUCGAGAUUGUUUCGGUGUCCCUGCCGCAGGAAGUGCAAGUGCGUAUCGCAGGUAAACCGGGCCUGGGCUAUGAUAAUGUUGGGGUCACCCCGUUCGUGGAUGCUGCAGGGGUGCGCCGGAUCGGUGGUCUGUAUUCUCCAUUUUUUUUGAAUGACACCAAUGGAAACUUCUGGGUGGUGCCGGACUCUGCUGCUCUCGUUGAUCCUUCAGAUGGGGACGUGAAGCUCCCAUUCAGGGGGUUGUUGGUGCAAGCCAGAUGUGCCCCGGUUCCGUCACCAGUGAUAUCGGGUCCGGACACCGCCAACAGGUACAACAUAACGGGGACUCUUUCCCAUAACUGCUCCGCAACCUCCAAUGUCAUCACCAAUGGCACAAUAUGGGACGGCUGGAUGGUCCCCGCCCCUUUGGGAUGUGUGCGAAGCAUCGGCUCUGGUAACAACUACUCAGACCCUAGUGACCCGCGGUUUUCUCCCGUGGCGUUCUCUUUCCUCAAAAACACAUCGAGCUACUCGAUGGUCUUCUGCUACAGCAUGAUAGAGGAGCACGAUCUCACCGCCACACUUACACUCAAUUAUGACACCCCAUUCAUUUCCGAUGUCGUGGAUCGAGGUAACGUCUCAUUCCUCAGUUGGGGUCCCAGUGGGAUAGGCUGGCCAAGUAAUGAUCCACGGGUGGAAGGCUCCGGAGACGCGAUUCGCCUUGCCUUGGCUGGUUCGAUCAUGAACCUUGCGGGGGACGCAAACUACGUGGCUGGACUUGCCGAGGAGGCCGUUAAAAUAUUUCAAGCAACCCUCGCCCCUUCCGCAUUUAUCGUUGGGCCACCGUAUUUCAGAAUUGCCGCACAGGAGGUGCAGGCAAACGGCCUGAAGGCCAUCCCUCCUGUGGCACAUCUGAUAACUGUCCUGUGCGCUAUCAUAGGGUCCAUUCUUAUCGCGCUUGUCAUACAUCAUUUCUGGUGGCGCAAGGAAUCAUUGACCAAUGCCGCACCUUCAGCGACUACGAUGGCUCCAGCACCGGCUUCAUGAAUCGAAGCUCCUAGC